CACCAUUUUAAUGAAUGCUACAAAGCCAUUUUCUAUAACACUGUAAUAUCUUGUUCACACAAUCGUCAUAUCCUUCGCCCGCUUAGAAACAACCUAUGAACACAAGGUGAACUCAACAGCGUGCAGCAAAGUGCCCUCCAACACAUCCCCGACUCCAUCAAACAGCUUCAACAACCAUCUCCCCAUCAGUUCGCCAAGCUACUUCCAACAUCACACCACCACACCACCAAUCAAUCCCGGCGAUCCUCCUUGCCAUUUGCAGCUAGCCGCCCGAAAUCCGGUUGCCCAAGAUCUCCCAACCUUCCCCACAAACACACCAAAACAUACCCUCGGAGCCCCUCGGGUAUCGCCACGCCCAUAUAACCGGCGUCCCCAGCCUGUACGCAGCGACCAAGCCCUCUGCCAGUAGCUCGUCACAGGCACCAAGCCAGAUUGCUAGCGCAGCCAGAAUGCACACACGCAUCGGCCCUACCCAGCUCAGCGGCUGGAAAACGCAUAUAUGCAUCUGCGUAGUACAGAUGCAAUAACGUGGGGUGACGUGCGGAACGGGGUUGUUUGGGUCGUGUUCGUGUUGGCGGUAAGUGGGACUCGGCACGGCGAUCACCCGCUGGUGCUCGGGCCCUGCCCCUGCCCUUGGGCGGCGGGACGUCAGGUGCGCAUAUGCAGAUACGAGAGGCGGGUUCGGCGAAUGGGAGCGGGGGUUUUGGGCUGGGAGCGUGGUGAGUGGAGGGUGUCGGCGAGGUGAGGUGGGAUCAGAGAUUGGGUUAAUGCGGGUGCAGAUGUGGUGGCGAUGCUGUGGGGUCUGUUGGCACUUGCGAGGUUGGAUACGGUUCUUGAUGUCACGGACACUUGUGGGAUUGUUGUCGAGUCUGCAUGGUAUACUCGUUGAUGGCUUGGUGUUUAG